AUGGAUAAAAAAAUUGAAUUAAAGGAUCUUUUGGCCACUUUACAGGAGGAGACGGGAUAUAGUAUAUUGAAAAAGGAGCUUGAUAAUAAAAAGAAUAAGGUCAAACAACCGUUGCCUCCUCCAUUACCGAAAAGAAUCCAGGAAAAAUUCAACAGGCAGGCAGCGUACGAGGAAACGAAAAAAGAAAUAUCGAAAUGGGAACCGAUUGUUAAGCGAAAUCGCGAGUCUGAUCAUUUAGAGUUUUCGAAGAGUUCUAGUGCUGCAUCAUAUCAACUGUCGAAUAAUACAUUGGCUGGUACUUUUAAAGCGUCCACAGAACUCGAGAAACAAGUUGAACACAUACUGGAAGAGAGCGGCUUCAAGGAAAAAGACAUUCAACAAUAUGAGGAAUUGGAACUGAAUAAACUCACCAUCGAAGAAAUACAAUCGCGUCGCCGUGAACUGCGAAUGAUGCGUGAACUAAUGUUUCGCGAAGAUCUCAAAGCGAAGCGAAUCGCAAAAAUCAAGAGUAAAACAUAUCACAAGAUCAAAAAGAGGGAACGAGAGAAAAAUAAAUUGAAUUUGGAACAAUUGAGCCAGCUUGAUCCGGAAUUAGGUCAUCAAGAACAAUUGAAAUUGGAAGCCGCGCGUGCACAGGAACGAAUGACACUUAAACAUAAGAAUACCAGUCGAUGGGCGAAACAGGCACUCAAAUAUGGUCGACGUAAUGAUGCAGAGAGUAGACAGGCGAUCGUGGAACAGUUGCAGUUGCAUGAGAAAUUGAAACGGAAGAUAAGUGGCUUAGAUUCCGAUGAAAAUGAAUCCAAUCACAGUGAUGAUCAAAGUGUUCAAGAUUUUGUGAAAGAUCUUGAAGAUGCUCAUAAUAAGGAUGAAGAUCAGUCAGUAAAAGGGGAUAAUUUGGGUCGAAGAAUCGACGGUAAUCCUGGAAGAAUGGUUUUUGGAAGUAAUACAUCAUUAAAGAAUCAAGGAACGACCUCCAAGACUAUUGAUACUGAGAAAUUGAUACAAUUUAAUAAAUCAUCAGAGCUCGUUAAUUCUUCCAAAACACCUGACAAGAUUAAGCAGCACCCGAAAAAUUCAAACAACGAUACCAAUUCAGACCAAGAAAUCGAUGAUGAUAAUAACCCAUGGCUUCAAACAGAAGUAUCGUCUAAGAUCUCUACAUCCAAAAAUAAAUCAAAGGUCAACAAAGAUACUCAGAAAUCCGAAAAAUCCGUCAUAAAAAUAAAAAAAAAGAAGCGAAAAUUACACGAUGAUGAAGAAAUUUUGAAUGAUGUUGAGAUUGAUUUAGAUAAAGUGUUGACGAUGAUGUCCGCUGGUCAAAAUUCUGAUACUACCUCGCAAGUAUCAAAGAAAAAAAAAUCAACUGAAAGUCUAUCCACUACCACUGCUAUUGAUAAUUUCGCGUCACUUGACCAAUAUGAUGACGACGACUAUUUUGAUAACAAUAAAACGCCAAUAGGAUUCUCACAACGAGAAUUAGUCGCACGUGCAUUUGCUAAUGAUAAUGUCGUUGAAGAAUUUGAAGAAGAAAAACUUGCUACAAUAGAUGAAGACGCGCCAAAAGAAAAAGAUUUGACGUUACCUGGAUGGGGAUCUUGGGCGGGUAAAGGCGUAAAGAAGAGAUUGACGAAAAACAACGAUUUCCGCGUAAUUCAGAAACCCGUACAUGGGGAAGGAAUCGAAAUGUCGAAAAGAAAAGAUGCAAAUUUGAAACAUGUGAUAAUCAAUGAGAAACGAAUUAAAAAGGCAACUAAAUAUCUUGCCACGCAAGUUCCAUAUCCAUAUGAAACGCGCGAGCAAUAUGAACGCAGUCUACGAAAUCCGCUGGGCAAAGAAUGGAAUACUUACGAAGUAUUCCAGAAGAUGGUUAAACCACGAGUCAUUACAAAGAUGGGUACUAUUAUCGACCCACCGGAGAAACCGGAGACAUGA